UCGCGGAACGAUUGUCUGUUGCGGGAGCUGCAGCCGCGACUACUUUUUAGUCGCUGUGUUUUGUCUGGGCAACAACGUUUUAGAAGCUCACGUGCGUCACAAUCAUUUCGAUGGAAUUUUAGUCGACGGUAUUCUUUGGGUCCCGCUUAAUAUUCAUGAAGUCGUGCAUAGGAACGGACUGGAAACCGUUCUCGUAGCAGAUUUUUUCCACGUUCGAGGAUACGUAGUUUCCUGGUGUCAUUCAAGUCGACGCCGGCAAGUGUAAGCGUAGGCGAGGUCCAUCCAAGGAUCGUCAGGGGCACGCGUAGGCAAAAUCCGAGGUGGGAUUGAAGGUCGACGAAGGUGGGGUCUUCCUUGUAUUCCGAGUCGAGCCAUCGUAUCAUCUCAAACCUGUUAAUCUGCUCGGUCCAGUCGUGGAACGCGUACACGCUCCAGCAGAGAUCACAAGGAAACAUGGACCAUUCGCAGGCAGCAGUUCUGCUUCUCCUUUUGUCGCUUGGGUUGGCCAAUGGUGGAUACUAUCGUCCAAGGAUCUUAACAUCUGGGAAUGUUGUUGCUAGAAGUGGUUGCGACUCGUACACUUGUGGAGUGAACGCGAGAUGUACUAUCAGCGAAGGCAGGCCGGUCUGUUCCUGUAUGAACCUGCACAUGGGCGAUCCUCUCUCGCGCUGCGUCCGAGUCGAAUGCCAAAUAAACGACGACUGCAGCAACAGCAUGGUCUGCACGAACAACAGAUGCAUAAACCCUUGCGACGGGUUGUGCGGCGUGAACGCGAUAUGCGAGACCAGGAACCACGUCCCAACUUGUUAUUGCCCGCCUGGGUACACGGGAGAUCCCUUCACCUCCUGCCGUGUAGCUGAUCCUCAAGCCGCCUGCAAGCCGAAUCCCUGCGGGCUGAAUACCAAGUGCGAGGUGGUGAACGAGAUAACAGUCUGCAGCUGUUUGCCAGGAUACUUAGGAUCGCCAGCGAUCGGAUGCCGCCACGAGUGCGAGAGCGACCACGAAUGCCCUACUCACCUCGCGUGCUCAUCUUCCUUCAGGUGCGAGAGCCCGUGCAAAUGCGGCGCCAACGCGGAGUGCAAGGUUCUCAAUCAUCAAGCUGUUUGUACCUGUCCAAAGAAUUGGUUGGGGAAUCCUUUCGUGUCCUGCCGGCCGGAGUGCACGGCUCACUCGGACUGUCCAGGGAACAAGCCCGCGUGCAUCUACCAGAAAUGCACGAACCCUUGCGAGGGAGUGUGCGGCGUGAACGCGGACUGCAACCUGCGAGGCAUCACUCCAGUCUGUAGCUGUCCGAGACACAUGACUGGGAAUCCAUUUGUCAGUUGUAGACUCUUCGAAGCGCGGGACCUGUGCGAGCCUAAUCCAUGCGGAGUGAACGCGAUCUGCACUCCAGGCCACGACAACACGGGAAAGGAGAGGCCCGUGUGCACGUGUCCUACUGGUUACAUAGGGAACGCGUUAGCCAGCUGCCAGCGAGGAGAAUGCUUCACGGACAGCGAGUGUCCCGAUAGCAAAGCGUGCAUAGACUUCACCUGCCAGAACCCGUGCACUGGGAAAGAGUGCGGGCCGACCGCGAUGUGCACUCCGCGACGACAUAUAGCGGUGUGCACUUGCCCGGAUGGCACGCGAGGAGAUGCACUCUACAGCUGCAACUUGGUCGACAGCAGAUCCUUCUACGGCUAUGGUCGCCAUUACCGAUAUCGUUAUUACUAGUUGAUAUACUAGUUAAUUUCAUCUGGCCGGAUUGGCCUGAAGGUGUAACGAAGAUGAUUAUCUUAACAGAAUUUGUAUAUAAUUGAACAAAUACAUAUUUAUCUGACCUUGAGGCAUUCGAAGGGUCACAUCUUUCAUCGAGUUUGCGAUACUGGCGAAUAAGUGAUUUUAUUCUUGUAUGGUUUAAUUAAUGCUUUAGGAUAGAGAAGAAAAUUCAAUAUGUGUAUCGAAAGGUGUAAACGUUCUAUGUCUCCGAAAAAUAUUCGUUUCUCAAAGAAAUACAUUUGACAAUAAUUUAAUAUCUCA